AUGACUCCGCUUAACAAGUCAUCUGUAAGAGAGUUUGUAUUGACGGGAAUUACCAAUGACCUACAUUUACAACAUAUCCUAUUUCUUUUGUUUCUGCUGAUUUACCUUAUAAGUCUUAUUAGCAAUACAAGUAUCAUGGUAACAAUCCUGAUCAUAAAUGACCUUCAUAGUCCAAUGUAUUAUUUUCUCAGCAAUCUGUCCUUCUCAGAUCUUUGUUAUUCUACAGUAAUUUCCCCUAAAAUGUUGUUUGAUUUUUUUCUGGAAAAGAAGUUGAUCUCAUUUAUUGGCUGUGUACUUCAGUUGUAUUUCUUUGCAGUGUUUGCCACUACUGAAGGUUACAUUUUGUCUACUAUGGCCUAUGAUCGCUAUGUUGCAAUAUGUCACCCUCUUCUGUAUGUAUUAAUAAUGAAUAGAAGAAAAUGUGUGAUUCUAACUCUUAUUGUUUAUAUUGGUGGUUUAUGUACUGCGAGCAUCCAUACAUCAUGCACAUUCAUAUUGCCAUUUUGUGGACCUAAUGUCAUUAACCAUUUCUACUGUGACAUUCCUCCGCUCAUGGAGCUCUCUUGUGCUGAUACAUUCAUGAGCAAGACUAUUAUAUUUGGUGUAGUCCUUUGUCUUGGUCUUUUUUCAGUAAUUGUCGUACUAGCCUCAUAUAUUUAUAUAUUUUUCACUAUAUUGACAAUUCACUCAUCAGAAGGGAGGCACAAAGCAUUUUCUACAUGUUCUUCUCAUCUGCUUUGUGUCGCCUUAUUUUAUGGAACGGUUUUCUUCAUGUACCUCCGUCCAGCUUCUAAAUAUUCUGUCACACAAGACAAAAUAGUAUCUGUAUUCUACACAAUGAUUAUCCCUAUGAUGAACCCCAUAAUCUAUUGCUUACGAAACAAAGAAGUCAAAGAGGCCAUAAAAUCUUGCAUUAGAAGUUUACUAGUACACAAAUAA